UGUCAUUUUGACACAUAGCAUCAGUUUAUGGUUAUGUUUACUUAUAAUAUCGGUGUAUUUUAAUCUAAAUAAUGAGUGAAGAUUUAAGCAAACCAAGUGUGUUAAUAGUUAGUAGUAGUAGCACUAAACCAAAAUCUCUUUUAAAGUUAAUAACUAAAGAAACAGUAAAUUUAUCAGAAAGUGUUGAUAAAGUAUCAACAUCCUGGAUUUUGGAUACUAAAUACUACAAAGCUAACGUCAACGUACAUGGAAUAACGAAAGAUUAUAAAAGGGACAGCGAAUUUAAUAGUUCCGUUGAAGCUUUAAUAAUUCAUAUAGAUACUAAUAAAGAAUCUGGUUUAGAUGAUUUAAAAGUUUGGCAAGAUUUAGAUGAUGAAUGUAACCCGGAGAUUAAAUUAUUAAUAGCUAAUUAUUGUAAUAACGAUACUAAAAUUUCUAAACCGAUGGCAAUUGAGUGGUGUCUUCGAUACGGAUAUGAAUUAAUUGAGCUUUAUCCCAACAAUGAAGACAAUUUGGAACAAAAUGAUGAGAUUAUUAAAGAGAAGGUUGGCGUUGAGCGGAUUGUGGAAGCUUUACAAAGCCAUAUUUGGCCUAAUUUAGUGAUGAAAAGCAAAGAAAUUGAUAAACCUUUGGAAAGUAAUGAGAAUAAUGCUGAAAAUAAGUUAGGGGUUAACAAAGAUUUAGAUAACCUUUUAAAUGGAAUUGAUAGUUGUAUGUCUCAAAUGGACGAUUUUACUAAUUUGUUUUCCAAAUUGCAAAGCAUGAAGGAAAGUAUUCAAUCUUUACCUCAUAAUGAGCGCAAAUUGCAAGCUGAAGAGAUGGUUACCGCUUUUUGGAGGGCUAUCGGUGGCGAUGAAGAUGAAAUUGAUUUUUCUGAUUUGUAAUUUAGUAUAUUCCAAUAUGAUAAUGUUAUGAUGAAUAAUAAAUCAUUUGUUUCUAAACAAAAUUUCAACUAAAGACCUAUUAAUAGGGCCGUUAA